CAUAACGCACCGGUUGACCGUGGUAACGGCCAUUGGUUGUGCGAUGCGCGCCUUGUUUCUGAGACGUGGUGGCUGGGCCGGGUCACUGGGGCCAUGUCUCUUGGUCCGGGCUCCGGCCUUUGGCCAGUUCAUACAGGACACCACACUGAGACCAGUGGACCUUGCCCAUGAUGUAAUACAUGGCAGAAAUACAGAAACUCCAUUGGUCUUCCUUCAUGGGCUCUUUGGCAAUAAGUCAAACUUUUAUUCAAUAGCGAAAGCAUUGUCUAAGCGGACAGGCAGAACGGUGGUGACAGUGGAUAACCGUAACCAUGGUGAUAGCGGACACAAUCCAGUGAUGACUUACGAAGAAAUGAGCUUUGAUUUUCAGCAUUUGUUCAACAUUUUACAGUUUCCAAAGUGUAUUAUGAUUGGCCAUAGCAUGGGUGGCAAAAUUGCAAUGACGACAGCACUGCUAAAGCCAGAACUGGUCGAAAAGCUUAUUGUAGUGGACGUCACUCCCAGGCAGACCACCUCGCAUACACCUUUCUUAAAAUAUAUUGCUGCCAUGAGGGCAAUAACAGUGGUUAAUGACUUGCCAAGGUCUGCUGCACGAAAACAAGCUGAACAACAGCUCCAACCAUACAUUGAGGAUAAUAACAUAAGACAGUUUCUCUUGACUAACCUGGUGCAGCGUGAUGGUCGAUAUGUUUGGAGAGUUAAUCUGGAGGCUAUUGCAAACCAAAUGGAUUGUCUUCUGAACUUCCCCAAUUUCAGUAGUCCUUACACUGCCCCGACACUCUUUCUGGGUGGUGGUGAUUCUCCCUAUAUCAGUGACAAGGAUUAUCCUGAGAUCAAGCGGUUAUUUCCACAUUCUGUUAUUGAACAUGUUCCUGGAGCUGGCCAUUGGGUCCAUGCUGAGAAACCACAUGACUUUAUAAAUGCCAUCUGUGCAUUCCUGGAAACCAGUUAGCAAUGGAUGGUGGACUAAAUAGGAACCCCCUGCAGAGACGUUCACUACUUGGAUUCUGCUAAUUGCUUCUGUGAUGUUCAUUAAGUUCUACAGUUCAUUUUGUGAGAUGUACAUUUGAGGUCAAUCAACUGAGCACAAAUUGGUGACUCAAUGCCGCACUAUAUUUUAAAUACAAUAAUAAGAAACAUGUUGUAACUUAGUACAUAUUAACAAGUUUCUGAAUGCUAGAAGCAGAUAAGGGCUGAGACUUGGCAUAAAGAAUUUUAUAUCCAUACAGUAAAUACAUUGGGAUAGAAUUGAAGAAAUUCAUUUGCUCGAAUUAGGCACUGAUGAGUGCUGAAAGAAUCAGGCCAUUUACAUGACUCCAGAGAAUCGAUGUGAGUGUGUCGCAUAUUUAUUUCCUAUUCACUUUGAAUCUAGGAUGUAUUGGACAAGUGUUGUGAGGACAGAGCAAAGCAUUGCCUGCUGCAUUUUAUUGUCUGUCAUCUGCUGAUGUUUUCAGUAUCCUGUUUCCAAGUGAUGUUUUGCAAAAUCCAAUCAUAGAUUGUAUUAAAGCCCUUAGACUUGAA